CUUCUUCUCGAUUUGCGACUUACAAUCUAUAAAGUCACUCCUUCAAUAUUUCCAGCUUCCCUCGUUCGGACUUUCCCUUCAUCUACUCCGCUUUUGUCAUCACUAAUCUGUAACAAAUCUACCUGCGGAUUACACAUUUCUUGUUUAUCUCCCAAACAAUUCUCAAUCAGACACCAUCUAACUUCAGAUUCAUUCACUUCCAGCCACUACUCAUUUCGCUCUUAAUAUAUCAAACUUUAUCCACUCUACACCUGUCGUUCGGACUAUCAUAUUCUUUUAAUCAAGUAUCUAUCUAAAAUAUAUUCAGCAUGCGUUCAAGUUUUGUUGCUUUCUGCGUCUUCGCCAUCUACGUCUCUUCUUCCAGUUGUGCCUCGUCUUUCGCUCGACGUGAUGGCGGGAUCUCUUACCCUAACGCUGCCUUAGAGAACGUUGACCAUUCCUCCGAAAAUUAUCCUACUGAAAGCUCCAGCGAUCAAGCUCCACCCAAGCCCAUGGACAAGACCGACCCCAAGCCUAUGGACAAGACCGACCCCAAACCUAUGGACAAGACCGACCCCAAGCCUAUGGACAAACCUGACACCAAGCCUACAUGGACUCCACCUCCAGCUGACGUUAAGAACCAAGGUACCGAAAACCCCGAUUACCCUACCUGGGGUGGCGCUAUGAACAAUGACGGCAAAAAAGAUCAACCUGCCGUAUCUUCUCCUUUGGCCAAGGGACCUAAAGACGACUCGAAAGAUCAAGCUCCUCCUGCUGAAGGCGUUUCUUACCCCACCGGUGGCUCAACCGGCGAGACCAAGCAAGAUGCCCCACCAGCAGCCAAGCCAGAUGCCCAAGAACAAUCUGACUACCCGACCAACGCUACUGGUGCCGGUUCUUCUAACCCAUGGACUGCUCCUAUGGACAAGAAUCUCACCUCUACCCCCGGAUCCGGCAAUGCAUCAACCGGCACCGACGUAUCACCUACCAUGAAAUGCCAGGAGUACGCUGAGGCAAACACCACUCAUGCUUCUUGCGAUAAAAACCCCGCUAUCGUUUGUACCGGUGGUUGCACAGGUCCAAAGAUCGCCCACAACUGUCAACUCAAUGCUACUUCUCCUAACACUACCCAAACCUGCACAAUCGCUUACGGAAGGAGCUCUGCUUCAUCAUAUGUGUGCACCAACGAUGAUGGCGCUUACUCUUGCACCGGUCUUUCCACCGGAGAAGCUACUUGCACAGGAUGUGUUGACGCUAGCAGCGUGAACUCCACCACAUCUCCUGAUGGAACCCCCUCAGGUUCUGGUUCAAGUUCUAACGAAACCUCUCCUGACGGUUCUAGCGAAAGCGGAGCAUCUACUGGUUUCAUUUCUCCUUUGAACGCAAUCUUCACUGUUGCCUUCACUGUUGCCGGAUCUGCUGUCUUACUUUAGAACCACACUUUAUUUUCAAUACUUGAUUAAACUUAUAAUUUCUCCGAACCUCAGGAAUUUUACCCCUUCUUGUCCUUUGUUGAGAAGUUGAAGAGAGCAAAAAAGAGCAUAUCAAUAAGGACAGACAAUUUAUUUCUUCACCUGAGCAGUGGUCAUUUUUUUUACUCAAGACGCGCGAGUUUUCCUUUACUAUGUCCCUUAUUGUACGAGCUACGAAUCAUGAUACUCUUCAGGUAGGUUUCAUAACACUAUUGCCUCGAAUCGUUCAUGUAACAAUGGUACAAUGUAACACGUUUGUUUUGGGAAUUC